UGUAGCUCCGCCCCCUCCAGUCCUCCGUGGGAGCAGCGGCGGGAGUGGAGCACAAAGCGGGAAGUGCCGACACGCCGCGCGGGACAACGACGUCCUUGUUCGGGGACAAAAGGCCGCUGCUGAUGAAGAAGAGAGUGUAGCAGGAUUGUGUCAGGAUGCCAUCGCAGGAGGGGAAGGAGUCGCCUCCCAAUGGCAGCCGCUCCAAUAGUCGCCUAAAAAGCAAGAAGCCGCCCAGUCUUGUCAUAGCCAUACCUAAACCUGAGGAGAUGAUGUCCCGUGACACUACUAAGCAAUCCGUGCGGCCAUCUUUAAAGAAAAGCAUGAGUGGCCAAGCAACUGGUUCCAUGUCGGAGAGUCUGGGCGCAGCUGGAGAUGGAGGCUUCUCAGCCUCAGAGAGAAGGGAAAAGUUUGGAAGGCAGACCUCUCUCUCACAAAGCAUUCGCAAGAACACGGCCCAGUGGUUUGGAGUGGGAGAGGACUGCGAGAGCAAGCAGCAGGUUUGGCAGAGGAAGAGCCUGCGCCACUGCAGCCAGCGCUACGGCAAGCUGAAAGCCCAAUACAGAGAGCCUGACACUGCCACCAGCAUGGAGCAGAGUCUGGAAUCCCCAGGAACACAGAAGAUGCCUAAGAUCGUGGACCCCUUGGCACGGGGACGAGCCUUCCGUUACCCAGAGGAGAUGGACCCUCGCUCCCCCAAGGGGUAUCCUAUCACCCCUGGGGUCACCUCGCUCAGCUCCUUCACCAGCCAGCGCUCAGGGUACAGCCGCUUCCCCAAACGUAAGAGGGAGUCCGUGGCCCGCAUGAGCAUCCGUGCUGCCAACAACCUGCUGAGGGGCCGAAGUGGCUUGGCAGGUUCCCUCACAGGUCGCAGCUUCCCCAGAAGGAGCUUCGUCAGACCCAGCUGGAUGGACGACGACACCGUGGACUCGGCAGACAUGUCAGGCUCGCUGUAUUUUAGCAAGGUGGACGUCCAUGGAGAGAUGUACUCCAUGGCAGAUGAUGUGUUUGAGUCACCGCCAAUAUCUGCCGCUUUUGCCUCAAGUGAACCACUGGAGCAGAAGUUAGCAGGCCUUAAGGACUUAUCUCGAACACCAACAGCAGCGCAGGAGAAAAGCCAACCUCGGCGCGGCCAUCGCAUCGCUUCCCAGGUGAAGCACUUUGCCUUCGACAAACACAAGCGUCACUACGGCAUGGGCGUGGUGGGCAAGUGGCUGAACCGCCAUUACCGACGCAGCAUCAGCAGCAACGUCCAGAAACAGCUGGAUGACUUUCACAGCCACAGGCCUUACUUCACUUACUGGAUCACGUUUGUCCACGUUGUAAUCACUCUGCUGGCAUGCUGCACUUAUGGCUUUGCCCCUGUGGGCUUUGCACAACAUUCAAAAACUGAUCUGGUGCUGAAGAACAAAGGCAUCUAUGAGAGUGUCAAGUAUAUUCAACAACAGAACUUUUGGAUUGGUCCAAGAUCCGACGACCUGAUCCACCUGGGAGCCAAGUUCUCUCCUUGUAUCCGUCAGGACAAACAGAUAGUCCAUCUGAUUCAGAAGGCCAAAGACUUGGAGAAAGAGUCUGGAUGUUGUGUCCAGAAUGACAACUCUGGAUGUGUGCAGACCUUCAGCUCCGACUGCUCUGAGACACUGGCCACCUUCAUCAAAUGGGACAAUGAACCUGUGGACAUUACCAGGUCUUCUGGCUCUGUCUGUCACCAGGAUCCCAGAGUUUGUGAAGAGCCUGCAUCGGCCGAGCCUCACACCUGGCUAGAUGACAUCACCGAAUGGCCGGUGUGUACAUUCCCCAAGAAGUGGAACCACACGGGCUACAGACACAUGGACUGUAACAUCAAGGGGCGGCCAUGCUGCAUAGGCACCAAGGGAAGAUGUGAGAUCACCACCAGGGAGUAUUGCACUUUCAUGCAUGGAUACUUCCACGAGGAGGCCACCCUCUGCUCACAGGUGGACUGUCUGGAUGACGUGUGUGGCUUGCUUCCUUUCCUCAACCCUGAUGUGCCCAAUCAGUUCUACCGUUUCUGGCUCUCCCUCUUUCUCCACGCUGGGUUGCUCCACUGCCUGGUGUCAGUGGUCUUUCAGAUGACCAUACUCAGGGACCUGGAGAAGUUGGCUGGUUGGCUCCGCAUCUCCAUCAUUUACAUCUUCAGUGGGAUCACUGGAAACCUGGCCUCGGCCCUCUUUCUGCCCUACAGAGCGGAGGUGGGUCCAGCAGGAUCUCAGUUCGGACUCCUGGCCUGCCUCUUCGUGGAACUCUUUCAAGGUUGGCAAAUGCUGGAGAAACCCCGAAAGGCCUUCCUCAAACUGCUGGGCAUCGUCUUCUUCCUCUUCCUGUGCGGCUUGUUGCCGUGGAUCGACAACAUCGCUCACAUCUUUGGCUUCCUCAGCGGUCUGCUGCUCUCCUUCGCCUUCCUGCCCUACGUCACCUUCGGGAUGUUGGACAAGUACCGCAAACGUGCUCUGAUUGUGGUGUCGCUGCUGGCCUACCUGGGCCUCUUCUCCUCACUCAUGGUUUGGUUUUACAUCUACCCCAUCAACUGGCACUGGCUGGAGCAUCUCACCUGCCUGCCCUUCACCAGCAAGUUCUGCGAGAAGUACGACAUUGACCACGAUAUCAACCACGUGGUGCACUGAGACCUCACCAUGGUCUUGACUUGGCGCUGGUGAGUCAGCAGAAAGAUCUACUCAGGACUUGUGGUGCACUGAGACCUCACCUUGGUCUUGACUUGGCGCUGGUGAGUCAGCAGAAAGAUCUACUCAGGACUUGUGGUGCACACAGCUGGAUGAAACCAAAGAAGGCUCUUUAGUCUUUGACAAGGCUCACAAGACAGAGCUGGUCUCACUUUAGAGGAAGCAGUGCCAACCACACUGGGCACUAAGUCUCAACCUUUGGCCACCCAACCAUUCCUUCCAAUUACACUUCUUGGGUUGAUUAUACAAUUUUUAAUUCCUGUAUAUAAGUGUGUAUAUAUGUGUGUAUAUA